CUCUUAAAAUCUCUGCUUCUUCUUCUCUUUUGCUUCCGCCGUGGUGGCUACUUCUCGUGUUCUUGGUCCAGUGGACCGUAGUAUUGGUUUGUUAACUACACAAGGCGUUGUUCAGACUCCAUUGAUGACUACGCCUACUAGUAGUGAACGCUCUCUCUCAGGUGAGUGUUCUGUUGAUGGAAGCUCUUAUGAUAGGGGUAAUGAAGAUGAGUGUUCAAGUCAUAGUAGUCAAGAAGAUGUGGAGUGUAAUAAGGUAGAUCGUUUAGAGCGUAAGUCCAAGAGUAUGCCGAGCGAUAUUCUAAACAUAUUGGACGAGAAGUCGAAAGAAAACAGUGUUGAGAAUGUGCAGUUCUUGUCGGAUCGUGAAGAUGAUAGCGAUGUUCCAGUUUGGGAGCCUCCUGAACCGGAGAAUCCUGAAGAUGAAGUGGAUGGAGUUUUUGCUGAUGAUGAUGAUGAUUGUUGUGAUGGUUCUGAGUGGAGUAAAGCAAGUUUGUUAGGGGAUGGUAAAGAUGAGAGUAGUGAAAAGAGAAACUUUUAUGAAGAGAACCAAAGAGUUAUGCUCGAAGAGGCUGAUUCGAAGUUUAAGUUUGUUGUGAGUCAACUUAUUAAGUCGGGUGGGUUUACUAGUGAAGAAAGUGAGUACUGGUUUGAGAUAGUUGCUAGGUUGUGUUGGGAGGCUGCUUCACUGUUGAAGCCAGCAAGUGAUGGCAAACAGGUUGAUCCGACUGAGUACAUUAAAGUGAAAUGCAUAGCUACUGGUUCUUGCAAUGACAGUCAAGUUUUCAAAGGCCUGGUUUUCAAAAAACAUGCUGCUCUUAAACACAUGGCAACUAAGUAUGAGCGUCCUAAAAUAAUGUUAGUCGAAGGAGUACUUGGCCAUCCAAUAAGUGGAUUCUCUUCUCUCCAGUCAGUGAAUCAGGACGAAGGCUAUCAAGUGAAGUAUGUGAAGCCUGUUGUUGAUAUCAUAGAAGCUUCUAAGCCUGAUGUCAUGCUGGUGGAAAAGUCUGUUUCACGUGAUAUCCAAAAGUCUAUUCUUGAUAAAGGUGUCACUCUGGUGUUUGACAUGAAGCUCCACCGUCUACAGAGAAUUUCUCGGUGCAUUGGUUCACCGAUUUUUUCAGUUGACUCUAUGUCUGGUCAGAAGUUAAAGCACUGUGAUUCCUUUCGCAUUGAGAAAAUCGUCGAGGAGCAUAAUGCUGCGGGUGAAGCUGAGAAGAAGCCAACUAAAACGCUCAUGUUUUUAGAGGGUUGUCCUACCCGCCUUGGCUGCACGAUUUUACUUAAAGGAUACCACAGUGAUAGGUUGAAGAAGGUCAAAGAAGUAGUACAAUAUUCAUUCAUCCUUGCAUAUCAUCUAAUGCUGGAGGCUUCUUUCCUUGCUGAUCGGUAUACAAUGUUCUCAACCAUCUUUUCAAAGGAAGCUACAUCAUGCGUUGUGGAAAUAGAAAAACUUCCACUGUCUCCUUCUCCUCGUGGAUCUGCCUUCAAACCAGUUGAUAUUCCUUUGUCUAAUGGAUUCGAUGAACAAUCCAUUCAGAUAAAUGGGGAUGCAGAUGGUGAGAAAGAUGAAACCCGGGAAUCAGAUGGAGAUCCUGUCUUCUCUCACGAGCCAUAUAAUCCAGUUAUUUUCACUGGCUUCUCAUCUUUGUCUGCCAAACUAAGUAAAUAUUUAGGCUUUGUUCAAAAUCAGGAGUCAGUUCCAGUUUCUGUGGAUACAGAUGCAUCAAAUAUCAGCAAUCUUGAUACAAUAUUGGAAUCAGUGGAAGAUACUGCAGAAAAGGAAGAGACUAAACCAGCUGAGUUACUUGAUCCUGGACUACCAGUAAAUACGAGUUCAGAUGAUGGAGACAGGUCGCAAACGGAGAAUGAUAUUGAGAGCACAUUGGAGCCUCAGAGUAUAUUGGUUCUAGUGUCUAAGAGGAAUGCACUCAGGGGGAUAAUGUGUGACCAAAGGCAUUUUUCACACAUAAAGUUUUACAAGCACUUUGAUGUUCCCUUGGAAAGAUUCCUGCGCGAUAUGUUUAAUCAGAAAAACCUAUGCCAAACAUGCGACGAAAUUCCGGAAGCACAUUUGUACUAUUAUGCUCAUAACAAUAAGCAACUAACAAUCCAAAUCAAGCGAAUUUCUAAAGCAAAAUGUCUAGCUGGUGAGGAAAAGGGAAAAAUCUGGAUGUGGAGUCGUUGUGGGAAGUGUAAAAAGAAGAACGGGUCUCGGAGAUCAACAAAACGAGUGCUGAUAUCAACUGCUGCUCGUAGCUUGUCAUUUGGAAAGUUUUUGGAACUUAGUUUUUCUCAGCAGACUUUUCUGAAUAGAUCAUCUCGCUGCGGACACUCUUUCGACAGGGACUUCCUUCACUUCUUUGGAUUAGGCUCCAUGGUUGCUAUGCUCAGUUACUCCCAAGUCACAUCCUACACAGUGUCCCUGCCACCCAUGAAGCUGGUAUCUAGCAUUUUAAUCAAAGCGGGCUGGCUUGAGAAAGAAUUUCAUGGAGUAUUCACUAAAGGGAUCUCCUUGUUCGAGGACGCUGGUGGUUUUCUGAAGAGACUAAGAUCGCAAUUCAAAAAUUCAGAGCUCAGCUACCAGUGUGCACACAAACUCCUUACUAACAUUGAGGAGUUGCUGAAUCACGAGCGCGGCAUAUUUGAGGAAAGCAUCAGGAACUCGUUUGACAAGGCUAAAACCAUAGAUGAUGUUUCGCAUAGACUGCUCCGCUUAAACCGCUUGCGGUGGGACCUUGUGCUUCAAGCUCUCAUCUGGAACUACCGGUUGCAGUCUCUGGUUUUAUCUGAUCGUUUGCUACCUUCAAGGGAACAAGAUUUGAAGACUGUUUCCAAGUCUGGAAUGACCAAAUAUGAAAAUGAUGAAAAAUCUUCUGAUUCUGGUAGCAAUGGAGGCAUGGACACUCCACUUGUUGAAGACAAAGAAAUACCAAUCAUUGGUGCUUCUGUUGGGGACAAUGAUCAAAUGGAAGAAUCGUAUGUGCCUGAAGACAAUGAAUUGCGAACUCCGAGCAGCUCCAUCCCCAGUACAACAUCUCCCACCAACAAUCAUUUUGACACUCAUUUGGCUGUUAGUGUCUAUCCAACCAACGAACAAGAAGGAGAGAAAUCAAUUCCAAUUACUGGAGAUUCACUGGAAGGUGAGGUUGUUGCCUCUAAUGGACCACACAUCUUAGGUUGGGAUGAAUGGUUUUGGUUGCCAUUUGAAGAGCUACGCACGAAGAGCGUUGUCGAUAUUGAGAAGGAAUACUUGUUAAAGUUUGAGUAUGUAAACAAUUUCACCCAAGAAAACCUGCAGACGGUGAAUCAGAUAAUCACUGAGGAAGGUUCUCGUCUACGCAUCUCUUUAAGGGAUGAUGAUUUUAUUGUCUCAGACUAUGAAGACGAGCUCUCCAGCCUAAUUGCUUGUGCGCUUGCCCACCUGUACACUGAUGAGAACAGACAGCCUCUAGCAAGGUGUAUACAUGGGUCUCUUCAAGGGUUCUUGGAUAAAGAUCAAGAUCCCAAGCAAACUGCUGAACGUGAGGUUUCCCGUUACUCGAGUGAGAGUACAAAUCGGUUGGAAACAUUACCCCCUCCAGAGGUCAUUGUUAAUUUUGGGUCACUAAAAUCAAUUGGAAAACCCAAAUACUCUAUAGUGUCCCUAUAUGCAGAGGAUUUCCGCGAACUCAGAACACGGUGUUGCUCAUCAGAGCUCGAUUAUAUAGCUUCACUAAGUCGCUGUAAGCCAUGGGAUGCUAAGGGUGGUAAGAGCAAAUCCGUGUUCGCUAAGACUUUGGAUGACAGGUUCAUCGUAAAAGAGAUCAAGAAGACAGAGUACGAAUCAUUUGUGACAUUUGCUCCAGAGUAUUUCAAAUACAUGAAGGACUCUUAUGAUCUAGGCAACCAAACUUGUCUUGCCAAAGUUCUUGGGAUUCAUCAGGUAACUGUAAGGCAGCCAAAGGGUGGCGGGAAAGAGAUACGGCACGACCUCAUGGUCAUGGAGAAUCUUAGCUUUGGCAGAAAAAUCACUCGCCAGUACGAUCUCAAAGGCGCUCUGCACGCUCGGUUUACAGCCACUACUGCUAAUGGCGCAGACGAUGUUCUAUUGGAUCAGAACUUUGUCAAUGACAUGAACAAAUCCCCGCUUUACGUUAGCAAAACAUCGAAACAAAAUCUCCAAAGAGCGGUUUACAACGACACCAGCUUCCUAACUAGCAUAAACGUGAUGGACUACUCUUUGCUAGUUGGAGUUGAUGAUGAGAAUCAUGAGCUAGUGUGUGGGAUCAUUGACUAUCUCAGACAAUACACAUGGGACAAGCAGCUAGAGACAUGGGUGAAAUCGUCUCUGGUGGUACCAAAGAAUGUGCAGCCGACAGUGAUCAGCCCGAUCGAUUACAAGACGAGGUUCAGGAAGUUCAUGAAGACGCAUUUCUUAUGCGUUCCAGAUCAGUGGUGCGAGGAAGGAGAAGACUCUUGAAGACAUAAAGCAAAUAUGAUUAGUAGCUUUGGAAACAGAAGAUGUUUUGAUUAUCUCUACCCGGUCUAUAUCUUUCUCAUAUAUCUAUAUAUAAUUUAUUUUGACCAAAAAAAGAAAGAAAAAAUAUAUAUAUAUUCUAUUAUAUGAUUCUUUUAUUUGAUUGAACUUCACUUGUAUAUAGAGACAAGUCCAGUAUUGCAUCUACCCCUGUGAUUGUGCAGUUUUUUUAGCAAGCUUAUGGGGUAGAUUUUAUUGAUUGGAUUGUCUCUGUCUUUUGUCUUUUA